CGGCCCCCGCCCGCAGCACACACUCGCGGACGGACGCGGACACACGCACCGCACAGCGCGCCCGCGCGAGGCCGAGACACGCCCGCGCCCGCCGUCCCAGGCGCCGCCCCCGCCCCCGGAGGACCCGAUCCUCUCUGCGCCCCGCGAUCGCUUGCCGCCCGCGCCGCAGUCGCCAACCCGUUCGCGCCGGCAUGCGCCCCAGUAGCUAGAAGGAAGCAGCCCAGGAAGCGCCCCGCGCGCCCCCGCCCGCCCCCGCGCGCUCCCGUUCGUCCCCGCGGGGCGCCCCCAGCCCACGCCCCCCCCACCUUCCCGGCGGUGGGGGGGUGCGGGCCCUCCGCGGGGGCCCCGCCGGCCCGGCCCCACGCCAGCCGCGAUCGCGCGCGCGGCCCCCGCCCCGGCGCGGCCAUGGAUGUGACGAGCAGCUCGGGCGGCAGCGACCCCCGGCAGAUCGAGGAGACCAAGCCGCUGCUAGGGAGCGACGUGUCGGGCCCCGAGGGCACCAAGGUGAUGGGCGCCGUGCCUUGCCGCCGGGCCCUGCUGCUGUGCAACGGGAUGAGGUACAAGCUGCUGCAGGAGGGCGACAUUCAGGUCUGUGUCAUCCGGCACCCUCGGACCUUCCUCAGCAAGAUCCUCACCUCCAAAUUCCUGAGGCGCUGGGAGCCGCACCACCUAACGCUGGCCGACAACAGCUUGGCGUCCGCUACGCCGUCUGGGUACAUGGAAAACUCAGUCUCCUACAGCGCCAUUGAAGACGUUCAGCCGCUGUCCUGGGAGAACGCCCCGAAGUACUGUUUACAGCUCACGAUCCCCGGAGGGACCGUCCUGCUGCAGGCUGCCAACAGCUACCUGCGAGAUCAGUGGUUCCAUUCUCUGCAGUGGAAGAAAAAGAUUUACAAAUACAAGAAAGUCCUGAGUAACCCGAGCCGCUGGGAGGUUGUCUUGAAGGAGAUACGGACACUGGUGGACAUGGCCCUCACGUCCCCAUUGCAGGAUGAUUCCAUCAACCAGGCCCCACUGGAAAUCGUCUCAAAGCUGCUCUCAGAGAACACAAACCUGACCACUCAGGAGCACGAGAACAUAAUCGUGGCAAUUGCGCCUCUGCUGGAAAACAACCACCCACCACCAGAUCUCUGCGAAUUCUUCUGCAAGCACUGCAGAGAGAGGCCCCGGUCCAUGGUGGUCAUUGAGGUGUUCACCCCGGUGGUUCAGAGGAUCCUUAAGCAUAACAUGGACUUCGGGAAGUGCCCAAGGCUGAGGCUCUUCACCCAGGAGUACAUUCUCGCCCUGAAUGAGCUCAAUGCAGGCAUGGAGGUGGUAAAGAAGUUCAUUCAGAGCAUGCAUGGCCCCACAGGGCACUGCCCACAUCCCCGGGUCCUGCCCAACCUCGUGGCUGUGUGCCUGGCUGCUAUUUACUCCUGCUAUGAAGAGUUCAUCAACAGCCGCGACAACUCCCCCAGCCUGAAGGAGAUCCGGAACGGCUGCCAGCAGCCGUGCGACCGGAAGCCCACCUUACCUCUGCGCCUGCUGCACCCCAGCCCAGACCUGGUGUCUCAGGAAGCCACGCUGUCCGAGCCACGGCUCAAGUCAGUGGUCGUGGCCUCCAGCGAGGUCCACGUGGAGGUGGAACGCACCAGCACUGCCAAGCCGGCGCUGACAGCCAGCACGGGCAACGACAGUGAGCCCAACCUCAUCGACUGCCUCAUGGUGAGCCCGGCCUGCGGCACCAUGAGCAUUGAGCUGGGCCCUCAGGCCGGCCGCACACUCGGCUGCCACGUGGAAAUCCUCAAGCUGCUGUCCGACUAUGAUGACUGGAGACCGUCUCUGGCCAGCUUGCUUCAACCCAUUCCAUUCCCCAAAGAAGCUCUCGCACACGAGAAGUUCACAAAGGAGCUGAAGUAUGUGAUUCAGAGGUUUGCAGAAGAUCCAAGACAGGAAGUCCACUCAUGCCUGCUGAGCGUGCGGGCAGGCAAGGAUGGCUGGUUCCAGCUCUACAGCCCCGGAGGGGUGGCCUGUGAUGAUGAUGGGGAGCUAUUUGCCAGCAUGGUGCACAUCCUCAUGGGCUCCUGUUACAAGACCAAAAAGUUUCUGCUCUCGCUGGCAGAAAACAAGCUGGGCCCCUGCAUGCUCCUGGCGCUGAGAGGGAACCAAACCAUGGCGGAGAUCCUGUGUCUGAUGCUGGAGUACAACAUCAUUGACAACAACGACACCCAGCUGCAGAUCAUCUCCACACUGGAGAGCACGGACGUGGGCAAGCGCAUGUACGAGCAGCUGUGCGACCGGCAGCGGGAGCUGAAGGAGCUGCAAAGAAAAGGCGGGCCCACCAGGCUAACACUGCCCUCCAAGUCCACGGAUGCGGACCUGGCCCGCCUGCUGAGCUCUGGCUCCUUUGGAAACCUGGAGAACCUCAGCUUGGCCUUCACCAACGUCACCAGUGCCUGCGCCGAGCACCUCAUCAAACUGCCUUCCCUCAAGCAGCUCAAUCUGUGGUCCACGCAGUUUGGAGACGCCGGCCUGCGGCUCCUGUCGGAACACCUCACUAUGCUCCAGGUGCUGAACCUGUGUGAGACCCCCGUCACCGACGCGGGCCUGCUGGCCCUCAGCUCCAUGAAGAGUCUUUGCAGUUUAAAUAUGAACAGCACCAAGCUCUCGGCUGAUACCUAUGAGGAUCUGAAGGCCAAGCUUCCUAAUCUGAAGGAGGUUGAUGUCCGCUACACGGAAGCCUGGUGAAGCCCCCUGUGUGCACAGGAUGGGGUCGCACAAAAAAAAAAAAAAGAAAGAAAGAAAGAAAGAAAGAAAGAAAGAAAAACCGACUCUUGACUAAUAGCCGUAGAGCAGUGGGUCCUGGGGUGGCCCCAGCACCUGACUGUGGGAUAGAUGGGGGAGUCUUGGGGGGCGGAGGGGGGAGGGGUGGGGGAUCCUCAGCACGCCCAGCCCCCGCCUAAUUCUUAGAGCUUCAUAUCGGAACCUUUGACCUUGAUCAAAAGCGGCCUUGGUGGCAACAAGUGGAGGAACAAGCGGGUAGGGAGGGCGGGGGAGGGGCGGGCGGGGAUCCCUGUGUGGAUUUUCUUUGCCUUUGUCGUGUGAUGCCCUGUGUGGGGGCAUUCAUCCAGCCUGAUGCCAUCGACUCGGGCCAGAAGGAGGACGCUUUCUUCCGGGAGGUGCACCGAGCCGAGAUUUCGCCCCUGCCAUUGGGACAGGAAUACCCAGUCAUGUCUGCCCAUCGUCCUUUGUCCCCACCAUCGCUAUGCAAAGUGGUUCUUGUACAUAAGAUUUAAAUAACGCACCUAUUUAAGAAAUGUUGACAAAUUGCGGGUCUGGGACCCGCUCUUAUUUAUGAAGUCUUUGACCGGCCCUCCCUCCCCACCUGCCCCUGGCCUGUAGUACUGUCUGGACCAGUCAGCUGUCGGGUUAGUGCUAGUGGUUUGGUUUUGGUUUUGAUUUUUAAAGGAAACAAACAACAACAACAACAGAAAAAACAAAAAAAGACCUUUGGAAAAUCAGUUGCUUUUUUUCUUAACGGACUCUGUAUGCUAAUGCUCUCCCUGUCAGUCAGUCUGCCCACCUGCUACUCUGUAUUAUUUCCAGAUGUUUCCAGCUUCCUCGUGGGUGGGGGGGUCAAACGGGGGGGGGGAAGAGGAGGAAAGAGAUGGAUCUCCAUGUUGUAGCUCAUUCCUCCCCUCUGCUGCUUCUGUAAAUCUGGAAUGGUCCCGACCUUUCCUCCCUCUAUACCCCAUAGACCAUAGAGUCGGUCCUCCAAGGUCCUGUUGCCAUUCCUUUUAGCCGUCCCUGUUUCCUACUGAGACUUGCAACCUGUGGCCUCCCCACCCUGUGGUUCCCUCACGCAUGCCCCAUGCCCACUUCUUUGCAUGGUCUCUUGGGAGAGAAGAGCUAUGUCACCCAGCCAGCCCGACCCGACUGUCCACACCUCCCCUACCAAUAUGGUCGCCUCGGCACCCCCUGGCCCUUGUGCCCUGAGGCAGACCAACCUCGUUUCUUUUUACAAACAGUCAGCUUUUUCUUACCAAGCCCUCACUGUACAGAACAUCCCUUUGACAAUUCUUUUGGGGUCCCCUCUCUUCCCUGACUUCCAGCCCUUUUUAUGUUGGUUUAGCACAAAACUUCCCCUCCCUGGCACCUCCAAACCAAACCUACCAGUCGAUGUUAAUUGUUUUAUAUCUAUUUAAUCUUAUUCGAUGGAAACCAUGCUUUAGUUGUUUUAUACUUUGCCAGGUAGACUUUAAUGAACAGCCCCUCCCAACUACGCCCUCAUUUUUUUAAAAAAGGAAAAAAAAAAAAACCACACACACAAAAAAAAUAGAGACUUUGGGUUUCAGUCUCAGUCUUAAUUCACUUUCCGUGGCAGGUUUUCUUUUGUGCGUGUGCCUGUGUGUGUGUAGAGUGAGUUCUGUUUUGUGUUUGUUUCUUUGUUGAUUUCUGUCGUUGCUUUCCUCCCCAACCCCAGCCCCCGGUUCCGUACUUCACAGCACCCUGGUGCAGAGAGAAGCAGAAGCAGAAAAAAAUAAAUAAAAUAAAAUAAAAAAGGAAAAAAAACAAAAGAAAAAAAGGAAAAAAAAUUUAAAAAGAAAAAAAAAACCCGAAGAACUGAGACAUGCCCCCUCCCCCCUCCCCGCACUGUUGCUUUCUUGAUGGUUUAAUAAUACAUACUGUCACGUAGCUGUGUACAAAGAGAUGUGAAAUACUUUCAGGCAAAAAUAAACUGUAAGUGACUCAUCGAA